CGAUAUCGCUCGCGCGAUUUUAGUCUCCUAAUUUUCGGUGCUCCUUGAAAGAGAUCGAGAGGAAGUCAAGGAUCAUGAGCUCAUCACCAUGGGGGGCUCCCCCUCCUGCUAAGAAUCAAGGGCAACCAUUUUUUCCAUCUGGGCAGAGCAGACCCCCCUUUCCACCAUUUAUAAAUCAAGGAGCACCAUCGAAUCAGUACCAGAGCCAACCUUCAAAUGCCCCUUCUUACACCCACUUCCCACCAGCACCUUCUGCAUCUAUGGCUCCUCCAAAUGCUGGAGUUGGGCGUGGUUUCCAUCCCCCUCCCCAGCCUCCUCGGUUUCCAUCUAUGCCUCCUCCGCUGCCAUACGGUAAUCGGUUUGGGGCAAGCGGUCAAACACCCCACAUGACACUACCCCCUCCUCCAUUUCCCGUUCCACCUCAACAGCAGCAGCAACAUUCUAGGAGUGAUGGUAGAGAUCAUCCGGUCAACAACACGAUGUUCAACCCCUCGCUUCCUCAAACUGCUCUUCAGCCUCAAAAUGAAUGGUCAACGAACUCGUCCCCAGCGGGUCAAGGGCAUGGACAGUGGAACCACAGAGGAAUGGAGAACAACUAUCAGCCCCAGGGUAUGAAUAAUAGUACCCAGAACAAAUUUUCACCGCACCCGCAACAAGCCAGCAGAAGACACAUCCAUGGAGACUCCAACUCAGGACAGACCAGGCUCCAACCCUAUCAGUCAUUUAGGAAUAAGCAAGCAGACGGGAGUCACCAUAAUUCUUUUCCAGGGAAAACUAAAAUGGCACCAGGAGGCGAUGGAUUCCAUAUUGCUGACCUUGAGCAGAGUAUGACGACAGUGGUUGACCAGCCGGAGAAAGAGGAGAGUGAAGAUCAGAAGUGGGUCAAUCAGUGGUCAAGAUCCCUCAAAAAAGGAGGAGACGAGUCCAAAGAAGCAACGAAACCAAUAUUAAAGAUAUCUGAAGCUAGAAUAUUGCUGUCCAGAUUCUUGCAAUUACUGGAUCAGCUGAAAAGGAAGAGAGAAGAGGCAUCGGAUUCUCUGAUGAAGGAAACAGAUGGAAGGAAAUGGUCUCAUCUCUGCAAAGAAAUGGAAAAGCAAGCGGAAGACUUGUCAAAGCUAGAUUCAAGAAUAAGCCAACCAGAGUUUGUUGAGGGACUCAAGAGCCAAAUAGAAAAGAAAAGAAGAAAGAGGGAAAGAUACAAGAGGCAUCGUCUAGGAGAAUGGGAGAUAGGAGAAGAGGCACUCAGAAAGCGGAAUGAGAAAAUAGAUGCCUCGAUGGCUGCAGCGCUUCACGCUAAACAAGAAAAGGAACAAGAAGAGGAACUGCAAAAAGAAGUUGACCAGGUCCUGUCUGAGGUUCAUAAAAAGAAACAAGAUGCCAACAAGACGAUGGAACUAUUCAGAGCUCUCCGUAAACUGAGACAACUCAGAAAAGAGUCUGCUGAAAAAGGAGUUGGCAUCGCUGCUGUAGUCGGAUACAAAGCUGCAAGAGUUUUAGACGAGAGGUUCAACAAGAAGAUGUCUAUCUUGGAGGAAAUGAUGAAUAAACAAAAACUUCUCUACAUUGAAGAAGAGAAAGCACUUCAGGUGAUGUUAGAAGAAGAACAUGAAGAGACAAGAGAGAAAGCAAGACAGAAGAAAGAACUGAAGGAACGACAGAAGGCAGAGAGAGCAUGGGAAGAACAGCUAGAGUUACUCUUUGGAAAAACUGAAGAGUUGGAACUUGGACAUCCAUUAUUCAUGUUCCGACAAUUUCACCAGCAGGCUAGUCAUGAUCUUCAAUCUCUCACUAAUAUAAGAUGCCAGUGGGAUAUGUUUGUUGCUUCAGAAUCAGAUCCAGCUGGGUCUAGUAUUCCAGUGUCAUGGGUCAUGCCCUCUGACCCCUUGAAUCACAUCUGGGCAACGGCGAUGGUGGAUUCCUCUGGCACCUGACAACAAAAGACAAUGUCAAAAGUCAUGCCCUCUGACCCCUUGAAUCACAUCUGGGCAACAGCGAUGGUGGAUUCCUCUGGCACCUGAUAACAAGAGAUAAUGUCAAAGGUCAUGCCCCCUUACCUAGCAAUCAUAUCUAGGCAAGAGCUGAGUUCAUGACCUGAGCCCUCUGACUUAGCAAUAACUUCUUUGCAACUGCAGUGGUAAAUUCUCUCCCAACAGCUUGAGAUUAGCCAAACAGAUACUCAUGUGUUUAUAUGGAGAGAUCGCUGUAGAUAUUCCUGGCAGGUCCAAGAUCCAAUGUUAAAGGUUUGUCAUGUGACCUUUCAAUUUACCUCUAGGUACCAGUACUGCCAGGAAACACAACCCUGAGCUCCUAAUAGCAAAUGGCAAUACUGAAGAUCAUGCUAUGUGACCCAAUAGAUCAUUUCUUUGUGAUAGUGUGCGGGUAAGCCUGUAUCCGAUGACCGGGGUAAUAAUAUGAUUGCAGGGCCCUCAGGGAGAACAGUAUGAAUACUGAUAAGGCUACCCUGGGUAAACGAGACAUAUUAUUAUUAUUAUUAUUAUUAUAGUGAUGUGUUUCAAAUUGUCACCUUUGAAAUCUGACCAAAGCAAUAAAGAGAUUGAAUAUUCGUCAAAGAAUAUUGCGUUAUAAACAUGAGAUAAAUGCAUUUAGGUCAAAUCCAUACCAUUUGAAUAUAGAAAAAACAACAUGUAGUCAUGAGGUCAAGUACAUCUCAGCUAAUUUACUGGGCAGGCCUUUUUCCCCCCUUUAUAAUCGAAAGGAAAUUUGAAUGGAUGCCCUUUUUAAAAAUUGUUUAAAGCCAUGAUUUUCCAAAAGAAGGUAAACACAGGGGUUAUAUCGAGGGAUUUGGGAUCUGCUUAGUUACGAUGACGGCAAAAUCACCUGAGUUUUUAAAAUUGUAUUUGUAGUUCUGCCCUUGAUAAAGCUAGGACUGUUUAAUGUAAAAGCAGUUAAAGAAAACAAGAGUGAGACAUGCAGUUUGUAGAUAAUAUUUUCAUUAAUAAAACCUGGAAAUGGUGCAACAAAUUC